AUGAAAACCAUCGACGACACCGCCCGCGACCUCGGCUGCGUGGCCCCCCAAGAAGAAGAAUUCCUCGAACGCCAACGACAAGAGCGAGAACGCGAGCUGCAGCUGCCAGCCCAAACGCAAACGCAAACGCAAACGCUAGAGCAGCAGCCGCAGCAUACCCCCUCCGACCCGGCCUCCAUCACCUCAACCACGACGACGACGUCCACAUCCACAUCCACGUCCUCGUCCUCGGGAAUCCUCCCGCCCCCCGAGAAAAUCACCGAGGUGGCCAGUUCCUCGAUGCAGGAAGUGCGGACGAUGCUGAACGCGGCGUACGAGAGCGAGCUGGUUGGGAAGGCGAUGCAGCGGGUCCGCGAGUAUGUGCCUGGGUUAGCUGGGGGUGCGGGGGAGGGGGAUGGCGAGGAGGACCGAUCCGCCGCCGACCCCGAGGAGAUGCGCCGGAUUGACGCGCUGGAGAAGGAACGAAUUGCGGAGUUUCUGCAGGAGAGGACGCGGACGAAGACGGAUCUGGAGAAGAAGUACCAUCAUAAGGAGCAGCCGCCGCCGAGGCAGUAGCAGUGAUUGUCCAUUGUUUUU